CUGCAGAAAAAACCAACCGAGGAAUGUGAUGAUUGGAGAAAAUAGGUGGUAGAAAUGGAAAACAAGGUUGAGACCAUAAAGCAAGAGUUCAAUAUUGAGAAGAAAUGUGUAAGGGGAUUAUGUCCAGACAUUUUUGCACGUAUACAGCUUGGUGAGCGAGUAGUAAAUAUGAUCACUGAGAUUGACCUGCUCAUAGAAAAGUCCAAGUUUGAAAAUGGAUUUCUUAUUGAUUCACCACCAGCUAGAGUUGAGAGGAGGCCAGACCCCGCUUCGACAUUGACAAGGUCUGCAUAUGACACGCUAGACAUGGUACAUCAUAAACUUCGAGAUGAGAGCACUACAAAGAUUGGUAUUUGGGGAAUGGGAGGAGCAGGUAAGACGGUUGUCUUGCAACUCUUGAACAAUUCAGAUGAAGUCAAAAUAUAUUUUGAUUUUGUCAUAUGGGUAACUGUCUCAAAAUCUUGGAGCAUUAAAAAGCUACAAAACGAAGUUGGGAUGCGGUUAACAAUAGAAAUAAAUGCUGACGAGUCUUAUGAAAGAGUUGCAAAUAAAUUAUUUAGGAGACUUGAGGGCAAGAAGUACCUUUUGCUUUUAGACGAUGUUUGGGAUGAGGUGGAUUUAAGUGUUUUAGGGUUCCCUAAUGCCAAUCAACAAAAUGGUUGCAAAGUUGUUUUGACAACCAGAAAAAUGGAAGUUUGCCGAAAGAUGGGAACUGAUGCUGAAGUACCUGUUUCACUUUUGGAAAGCGAAGAAGCAUGGGAGAUGUUUUCCUCUGGAGUGGGUCAUGUUGCAACGCUUUCAACCAUCAAUCCAUAUGCCCAAGAUAUUGUGAGAGAAUGUGAUGGGUUGCCACUAGCAAUGAAAGUCGUAUGCGGUGCACUACGGAAAGAGGAAAAUGUGAAAGUAUGGAGGAAUUUCUUAAGAAAAUUAAGGUCACCUACUACAUCAGUCAUUGAAGACUUGAAUGAAAACGUGUUCAAGGUUCUAAAGGUAAGCUAUGACCAGUUAAAGAAUAUUGAGGAAAAGAAAUGUCUUUUGUUCUGUGGAUUGUAUCCAGAAGACUCCAUGAUCGAAAAAUCAAGAUUGAUAGGAUAUUGGAGAGCAGAUAGGAUUUUUCCAAGUAAACUUACUUUGGAACAGGCACUUGAUGAGGGAGAAGCUAUAUUGCAAGCUCUUAUAGAUGCGUCUUUGUUGGAAAAAUGUGUCGAAGAUGACUCUGUGAAGAUGCACGAUGUUAUUCGAGACAUGGUAUUGGCAAUAACUUCCCUGCAAGGAGAGGAACCAACACAUCUGGUGCGAGCUGGAAUUUCUUCAGAGAUGAUUUCAGAGGAGGUGGAAUAUUGGAAAAAUGCAACACGAAUAUCCUUUAUGAAUCGUGACUUGCGCAGCUUGCCAGAAUCACCAAACUGCCCGAAGCUACUGACAUUGUUGCUUCAAGGAAAUGAAAAUUUAGAGGUGAUUCCAGAAACUUUCUUUAAUAACAUGCCUAGGCUCCGAGUGUUGGAUCUAUCACGCACCCGUAUUAAAUCGUUGCCAACUUCAAUAUCUAAAUUGGACGGUCUUCGAGAACUAGUCCUUUUAGAUUGCGAAGAUUUGGAGGCUCUCCCCAAAGAGAUUAGUGCACUCAAGGAGCUGGAAGUGCUUUAUGUUGGACGAUCUGAAUUUGAAAUUUUGCAGAGGGGGAUGAAAAUCGAAGAGUUAAUCAUUCCUGCUGGGAUGAUAUGUGGGCUUCCUCAUAUUGAAGUAAUUGAACUUACAAGUCGACUGGGCGGUGAAAGUACAGAAAUUAUUGCGAAAGAAUUGAGCAACUUGGGUUCACUUUCUUCUCUUUUAUUUGACUUCCGCAUUGUAGGUAAUCUGCAACACUUCCUGCAAAAUAGCAUACCAUGGAAAGAGAGAAGACUGACGCAAUUCAUAUUCUUAGCUGGGAAAUAUCCACACCAAUUAUACGAACGUCAUCCUUGGUUACUUCAAUGGAGUAAAAAGUAUAAGAGGUUUUUAGGUUAUGAAGGAGGAGGAGAAGAAAUGGAUAGUGGCCUUCCCCCAGCCAUAGAGAAUGCACUUAACCGUUCAAAUGGAUUUCUAUUAAGUGGACAUGGAAAACUCAAAGCUCUAUCAGAAUUGUGCACACAAAACACAGAUGAAUUAAGAUAUUGCCAGAUUGAAGAAUGUGUUGCACUCGAAACAAUAGUCAAUAGAAAUGGGCUUGAAAUGAGUGUUUUUUCUAAUUUAGAAGUUUUGCUUCUGUACAAACUAUCGAAUUUAAAGUCCAUUCUUUGUUUGGAGAUGGAGGAGAGACAAUCACCACAACCACCACCACCACUGAAUGUUAACAGCUUUACCAAUCUAACAAGAUUGAACUUAUGGCGUUGUCCACUAAUUGAGCACCUCUUCUCAAGUGGAUUCAUGAUUCAACAAAUGUCCAACUUGAAACACUUGACUGUCGGAGGUUGCCUGGGACUCAAGGGGAUGAUUCCAGAGGAUGAAAAGGUGGAAUAUGAGGCUCUACCCAAAUUGUCUUAUUUGUUCCUCAGUGAUUUGCCUGAAUUUGCCAACCUUUUUGAAGGUGUUCCCACGUGUUGGCAAUCACUGGAUGAAGUGAUAAUAUGGGAUACUACGAAGCUGAGGAAACUCCCCUUUGACACUAAUAGUGCUCCUAAUUUGAAGGGAAUUAAGGGCAUUAAUCAGGAGUGGUGGGAUGCAUUAGAGUGGGACAACCAUGCCGCCAAAUUACAAUUUCUUAAGUUGUAGCCCUGAAUUUUUAAAAGACCGAAUCGGGUAAAGAGUUUCAUAGACAACGAAAUAAGCCAAUUGUUGAUUUGGAAAAAAGUUACUGGCUUCCAAUGCAGAGUAUGGACUUCCAACUAUGAAAAAGAUGCACCGCCAUGUCCAAGUGGUUCAUGAGUAUCUCAUGUACUGUAUCAUAUUUGUACUAUAUUAUCAGCAUUUUGUAGGGGUAUAUAUGCCCCUCUAGCUUGUGUGUGUUCAUUUGGUUUCCAUUGGAAACAAAUUUACCAAAACAAAAUGACAUAUUUGUGCUAUAUUUUCAGCUUUUCCAUAAUUGCAUGGUUCCAGCUAUGUCCUCUUCCCUACGA